AUAUUAAUAGCCCACUUCACAUCUAUUUCUGUGCAACCCUCUUUUCUCUAAAGCUUCUCUCUAACAAUGGAAACACAAAUCAACGUAGAGAAGAGUGCUUCUCAAGUUACCUUUAUCUCCGCCGUGUCCUCCUCCUCCGCCUCAUUAUCCUUUUCGCCCACGACAUCUUCUUCAUCAUCGUCAUCAUCGUCAACUUCUAACUUAGGAAACCCUAAAAGAAAAGCAUCCCAAAGAUCAUUAUCAUCAUUAGCCGUCCAAGAUCUUGAUGAUCAAGGAGUGAAACGGCGGAAGUCCAACGGCGGAGAUAAGCAUCCGACGUAUAGAGGCGUACGGAUGAGGAGUUGGGGAAAAUGGGUGUCCGAGAUCAGAGAGCCGAGGAAGAAAUCAAGAAUCUGGCUCGGUACUUAUCCAACGGCUGAUAUGGCUGCACGAGCUCAUGACGUGGCGGCUUUAGCCAUUAAAGGUACAACGGCUUAUCUCAACUUUCCUGAAUUAGCCGGCGAGCUUCCUCGUCCGGUCACUAAUUCUCCUAAAGACAUUCAAGCCGCUGCCACCGCCGCCGCCGUUAAUUGGCAAGAUUCCCGCGGACUCCACGUGGAUAAUUCAGACAUUACUGAAAAAACUGAAGCCGAGCCGAGCGGAGCAGUGAUGGCUCAGUCGUUAUCAGACAGUGUGGUGUUUUCUUCGGACAUUAUAACUCAAGAAUUGUCGGAAACUUCUUGUGCCUCGACGACGUCGUUUGUGGACAAAGAUAGCGACGAAGAGAAACUGUUUGAUUUGCCGGAUUUGUUUAACGGUGGAAAUGAAAUAGGGAUUAUUCGAAACGAUGCGUUUUGGUAUGACUCGUCCACGUGGCAGCUCUGUGGAGCCGAUGCUGGGUUUCGGCUUGAGGAGCCGUUUUUCUGUCUUAAUGACUAAAUCACACUCUCCACCUCACUCUAACACCUAAUUGGUUUUUAUUUUUUUCCCUUCAUUUUUAAUUUCUCUAUUUACGUUUGGUUUGCUUUUUCUUUUUCUUUAUUUUUAUUUUGUUUUUAGCAAAUAGACGUUUGAUGAAUGUUUUUGUAAUAUAAAUGUGUUGAGAACAUUUUAAAAGAAA